AAUAAAUUAGAAAAGCCCGCCAUACCUAACCUAAAAUGCUUCUCUCAAAUUCACGCACUCUCAGUCUUCAUACCAAGAAAGCCCCUGAAACUGUUACCAAAUUACGAAAUUAGUAAACUCAGAAAUCAUUGCAGAGUGUAAAAAAGGAAAUCCAAUCCCUCACCGUACUCCAUUUCAUCGAUCUAUCUCGCCGAAACUCGGAAACCAGACACCAUGUCAACCGGAGAAACGGCCUGCCGGUCGCCUCUUUACAAGCCGAUCAGCCAACUCACGGAGGAUGAUAUUUCUCAGGCCACUCGCGACGAUUGCCGCCGUUACCUCAAAGAGAAAGGGAUGCGGAGACCGUCGUGGAACAAAUCGCAGGCGCUUCAGUAGGUCAUCUCACUGAAAACUCUUCUCGAAACGACGUCGGAUUCGGAAACUGCCGAAGCUUCCAAGAAACUUUACAUUCCCUUACCCGAAAAUCCUUCUCGUUUCGUCUCUGAUUCAACCGUUCUACCGAACGAAACGUCGCAGCAUAACGGGAUCUCAGUUCCGGUAAACGAAUCCGUUCCUCGUACCCGUCCAGAUUCCAUGACAUUUAGAUUUUCCGACGAAAAAUCAGUUCGAAACGCCGUAUCCGGUGGUGACUCUGUUUCUCUAAGGCGGAAAAAUUCUCAACUGUCCAGAACGGCGAGAGUAGCAAAAGAGCCAGCAGAACAGAUGACAAUUUUUUAUUGUGGGGAAGUGAAUGUCUAUGAUAAUAUGCCUGGUUAUCAGGCAGAAGCAAUCUUUCAAUUUGCUGCAAGCCAGGUCCUAUUUCCGCAGGAAACUCUAGUUGAUCAAAAGACUGCACCAUUGUCCAUUCCAUACCAUGUACAGGCUGCAGGUAAGGUGGCAGAAAACUGUCAAUUUCCUCAAGAAGAUAGCAAUGCAUCUUGUGAUGACAGUCUUGGUAAAUGCUCCCCUCUAAUUAUCUCAUAAAUUCUAUCCUUUUCCUUUAAUGGGUGGGGGUGCUGAUGUGUACUUCUUAAAAACAUCUCAUAUCCCCUUUAUGUAGGUGCUUAGCAGCUCUUUAUGAGUAAAUGUUUGAGGUAAUGGAUAUGACUCAUGUCAUAUUUUGGGCACAAGUAUUCAUUGGAUGCAUAUUUUUUGGGCUUGUUUAGAUUUUAGCAUCUUGGUCAGAACUUGUCUUUUCAGCAUUAAGCCAUUGAAUAAUACACACUGUAUCUUUUUAAGUACUUGAACUGCAGCAAGUACAAACAAUUGUGAUACC